AUGGGUAUUCCCUCUCCCGUACGGGAACAUACAGAGCAGCUCCCCCAAUAUGACAGCAGCGAUAGUGAUAGUCUCCAAUUUACCACCGAAAUCGGUGGGAACACAUCCAAGGCCACAUACCAGGAGGCAUCAGGAGCGCCCGUGGAGGUCAAUUCCCCGCUGGGGUAUUCGGUCGGCUGGGUUACUGUGAUUUUCUUGAAUUUGAGUAAAAUGAUUGGAACGGGAGUGUUCUCAACGCCAUCGACUGUCCUCAAAGGUGCCGGCUCUGUUGGUCUUACAUUGUUCUAUUGGGUGAUAGGUUAUUUGAUGGCAUCUAGCUCUCUAUCGGUCUACAUGGAAUUCGCAUCGUCCUUCCCCAGUCGGUCUGGUUCGGAGGUUGUUUACUUGGAACAGUCGUACCCCCGACCCAAGUACUUCUUCCCUACUGUCUUUGCAAUGCAGACGGUACUUUUCUCAUUUAGCAGUAGUAAUGCUGUUGUACUGUCCCAGUACCUCUUCAAACUUGCGGAUUCGGAGGCUACUCCGUGGAAGUUGAAGGGAGUCGCUGUAGCUUGCUAUAGCGUUGCAGUACUUGUUCUUGCGUUUCACACCAGAUGGUCUUUGAGACUGGCAAAUGUCAUCGGAUUGGUCAAGCUAUUGACAUUGAUAUUCAUCGGGAUAACCGGCUUGGUGGUUCUCGGAGGUCAUACCUCAGUGAAAGACCCCAAGGCAAAUUUUAGAAAUGCCUUUGAAGGUACUAGCGGUGCCACGGCCUACGGAGCAACUAAUGCCUUGACCAAGGUUUGGUUCUCCUUUGCGGGCUAUGAGAAUGCUUUCAAUGUUGUCAAUGAAGUCCGGAAUCCUACCAAAACCUUGAAGUGGAGUGCUCCACUCUCAUUGGGAGUUACGGCAAUUCUAUAUGUCCUGGCCAACAUUGCGUAUUUUAGCGCUGCGAGCAAGGAGGAAAUUCUAAACUCGAAAGUCGUUGCGGCUGGUGUCUUUUUUGAGAAGGUAUUUGGAACUGGUGGUGCAUCUAAGGCGUUGAAUUUCCUUAUCUGCAUGAGUGCUUUUGGAAAUCUCCUUGCUGUGCUCAUUGGGCAGUCGCGUAUGCUGAGGGAGUGUGGAAGACAAGGUGUUUUGCCUUUCACUUCAUUUUGGACUUCCACGAGACCAUUCGGAACACCUCUCGGUCCCUACUUUGUAAAAUGGAGCUUAACCGUUAUAAUGAUUCUGGGGCCGCCCGCUGGUGAUGCAUUCAGUUUCGUCGUGGACCUCGGAGUUUAUGCAUCAAGUUUCUUUGGUUCAAUCCUCACAAUUGGCCUGGUGGUCACUAGAAUUCGUCGUGCACGCCUCAAUCUCCCACCACCGGACUACCAAGCCUGGCACGUUACCGUGGCAUUUGCAAUUCUCUCGAAUCUGUACAUGGUUGUGAUGCCGUGGUAUCCGCCGAGUACUGGGGCCAAUGGGGGCGAUGUGAGCUUCUGGUAUGCAACCUAUUGCGCGGUUGCCCUUGGAAUUAUCGGGGUGUGUGGAGUUUACUAUUAUGUCUGGAUCAAGCUCCUUCCUAAACUCCAAGGUUUCAAGUGGGAGCAAACCGUUCUCAAAUUGGAUGAUGGUGCUCUGGCACAUCGGCUUGUUAGGGUGCCUAAGAGGAAUACCUGA